CAGAAUCGAAGCAAGUAGGAACUUCAUGGCGACAGGUGAUCGUGCAAAUCGAGGGGUGUCGUGGGAGUCAAAUGGACCUCAUGGACAUGCCCCGGCGCUCUUAUACUCGAUCCCAUCUCGGAGCCGGCUAUCUUCCCGGGCGCAGGUAUAAUCAGAAUCUGAAAAUAGCCAAGGCCGCUCGGCGAAAAGUCGCUUUUCAUUCCAUUCUGAUGGAGAUGGGUGCGGUAUGAGAGGUGUUGAUUAAACGCCACGGUAAAUGCAUGCCGAUAGAAAGUGCCUUCCCCAUGGAACAAUAUUCCGGCAGAUCAGGGAAGGCGAUCGUCUGGGGCGGACCCUUGACUAUGUCCGUCGAAGAACACCUUGUGCGAAUCGUGAGGCUCUCGGCGUAAUUCCCUAUAUGACUUUGACAUCCGCGGCUAAAGUCGACCGGGUCCUCACCCAGUCAGGUGAACAGCCAAGAGUCUAUUGUCCCAUAUUAGUUGAAUGUGUUGCUUCCUUUUUCAAUAUCCAUAGCUCGAUCAAACCACUCUCUGUAUGUUCGAUUCGUGGAGAAAUUGUACGUGACGGUGCAAGGUUCUCCCAUGAACCAGAUCGAGUAACGGAAACACUCCAUGCAUGGCUCCGAUUCGCGUCUGGCGACAAGCACUUCCCCAGGAAAGCUGAUAUGACUUGCCCUCUCAUCCGGGAACAGAAUACUGGAAGGCUGUCGAAGAGCGGGAGAACAUUGUGCCACGCAGCGCUAUUGGCUUCGCGAACGGGAAGCUCCCCUUCUCAGCUAACGCAAAUAGAACAGUAGGCGGAGAUCAACCGAGGCUGGACCACAUCCAACUAUAGACGCGGGAGGAAUUGCGAGAUGUGUUGAGUAUUGACUUGACAGUGCGGCGUUCGCAGCGCCUUC